AGUGCAUAUAAGUAUCUCAACUGUAUCUUAAUUCAGUUACAAUUUUUUAUUAUUUUUUUUAUUUUUGUGCAAGAGCUUGUGUAACGUUACCGUGUAUACUCUUACUUAUCGUGUGUUGGUUGAGGCAUUAACAAGAUCCUUAAAAAAACAGUGAAUAUUGUGAACACGUGAAAGUAAAUCUUGUUAUUUGAUUUUCCUACACAGCCUCAGAAUCUCUUGUGAAAACAUCAGUGCAAGCGUGAAGGGUAGAAUAACACACCCACACGCCCAUCAUUGCCACAACCUUAUGGUCUGGAUUGUUAAUAAUAUUGAAUUCAAAAACACAAAAAAAUAAAAAUCUGGAUACAAUUAUGAGAGUUUUACAGCUCAGUAAGCGAAUUGAAUUCUUCAAUUUCAUCUGACUUCUGCUGGAUUUAAAAAAAAAAAAAUGAAUUUCUACGGUUAAUUAGGCAUAAUAAUGGCGUAAUUAUGCUUGGGAUGUUCCCCAAACACAUAAACAUGAAAAACUAACAGUUAAAAUGUGAAUCUAAAUAAAAAUAACUACAAUAAUGUUUGUAUAACCUUCUCUAAUGAAGGAAUACAUCAAUUAUUAACCACAACAACAAAUAAAGCUUGUAAAGAGUUUUAUAAACCCUAUCAAAUACAAUAACAACAAAUAAUGAUAACACCGCAACACAAAAAAAUGACGAAUGACAUCAAUCUAUCCGAAUAUAAUCUUAUUCUUCAAUCAGGAUCAUUCUCACAACAACAACAACAACCAAAUACUUCAAAAUAUCUAGAGGAUUUAAACAUAACUAAUGAUGCUUGGAAUGAUUUUCUCGAGAAAUAUAUGCAACAAAUCAAUAACCAUCGAUUGAAUAUAACUAGCUUAGAUGAGUGCGAGGAUUAUUGUAAUGGAAAUAUACGUGAUUUUUCAAUUGCAUAUAAAGCUAUUCAUGGAUAUAUUGCACUUUUGAUUUGCGUGUUUGGCACUAUAGCAAAUAUUUUGAAUAUUAUUGUACUGACGAAAAAGGAAAUGUCCAAGGCACCUAUUAGCAAAAUUCUCAAAUGGUUAGCUGUUGCUGAUAUGUUUGUUAUGAUUGAAUAUAUACCAUUUGCAACAUACAUGUAUGUUGUGUCACCUGGUGAAAAGGAUUUCCGUUAUGCGUGGGCUGUGUAUCUUUUAUUUCACAUGCAUUUCACACAAAUCCUGCACACAAUUUCAAUUGGUCUGACAGUGACACUUGCUAUUUGGCGUUAUGUUGCUAUAAGCAGGCACCCACAUGGACCAUGUGCCUCAUUUAUGUUGUCGCACUGCUGUGAAUCCAUUCUACUUUCAUUCAUCAUCUCGCCAAUACUUUGUUUUCCAACUUAUUUUGUAUUCAAAGUGAAGGAACGACAUUUCACCGAUAGAGAAGAGACCGUUUAUCAUGUCGAUGCUACAGAGGAUACAGCCUUAUACAGUUUCAACUUUUGGAUACAUUCUGUUAUAAUUAAACUGCUUCCAUGUUGCAUCCUUACAGUUAUUAGUUUCAUUCUCGUCCGAGUACUCUGUGAUGCCUCGAAACGAAAACUGAAACUUAAAGAGUACAGUAAUCCAAAUAAAGGUGGUGCUCAAUUAAAUGGUCAUGGAAGUCGUUCUGCGAAAUGUGAUCGUCGAACGGACAGAACUACUAUGCUCUUAGUUGCUGUACUAAUGCUUUUCCUGAUUACCGAAUUCCCUCAAGGAAUUCUAGGUCUUCUAAGUGGUAUUCUGCAGAAAUGUUUCUUCGUCCGUUGUUAUGUUUUGUUUGGUGAACUAAUGGAUCUUCUGGCACUAAUCAAUGCUGCUAUUGGUUUCGUCUUGUAUGGCUUAAUGUCCAAACAAUUUCGCACAACAUUUAAGUCACUAUUUUUCAAACGAAGAUUUUCAGCCGCUGAAAUGACUCGAAUGACAAGGGUAACGACAACGUGUGUUUGACUAAAAUUGCCAACAUUUAUUUUCGCUUGUAAAUAAUUUAAAAUAUAGUAGAUAAAAAGUUUUAUUUUUAUAUUUAAUAAUGAUUUUUUUUUUAUUGUGAGAACUUAUAAAAUUUGAAUGAUUGAAAUAAAAAUUAAAUUUAUACAAAUUGGGAAAAAAUAUUACGAAAGUGCCAUUGUAUAGGAAAGAAAGUAGAGAUAAUAAUAAUUUUAAAAACUAAA